AUGUCACGCGGACAUGUGGCAGAACUGUCCCAUCGCUUCGAAACAUCUGUGCACUUUCCAAAGUCAGCUGUCGGCCGCCCAAGAGUACCAGCAGAAAAUACGUUCCUGAUCGCUUUGGCAUACCUGGGUUCGCGGACGCCAUUCGUGCAAGUGGCAGAUAAGUUCAAUGUCACUGAGUCGGCGGCUCACAAGUGUGUCCUGCGGGUCUUAAAUUUCCUGGAGGAUAUAAGUGGAAAUGUCAUUACUUGGCCGGAGGAAACGACACGCCGUCAGCAGACUGCGGCAAAUGAAAUAGGCAAAAGGAUACCAAAUGUAAUAGGCGCCAUAGACGGGUCCCAUAUCCCGAUCAAAACUCCCCAGGAGUCUCCGGACUCAUAUUGCAAUAGAAAGAAAUAUCACUCUAUUGUGCUGCAGGGCAUCUGCAAUGAAGAAAAAAAAUUCAUCGACGUUUUUGUCGGAUGCCCUGGAAGGUCCCACGAUGCGAACUGGAAGAAGACGUAUAAUUAUAUCCACAGCAGACAACGUGUCAUUAUUGAAAACACUUUCGGUCUUCUGAAGCAACGUUUCAGAAGACUGUAUGAUGUAGAUCUGGACACCAUAAGGAAAUCAUGUCUGUUCAUGCUGGCAUGUUGCGUUUUGCACAACCUGUGCAGUGCUGAGCACGACCUGGAAGCCUUCCAAUCGCUCUCCACGAAUGAGGAAGACGGAAGUGAAGCGCCCCUCCCUGUGAGCAAUGCCGCUGUGCAUCGUGCUGCGGAGAAGAUCAGGAAGCAAAUAGCUGAGGCUCUGUUGUAA